GUUCAUAGGGGGUCAUAUGAUUGUUGGGCUUUUGUGAUUUGGCGCUAUAUAAAUAAAAUUGAAUUGAGUUAUGAUGAUCAUAAUAGUAGGUGUCUGAACCAAUCAACAGCCAGAAUAAGAAGGAUGAUGAUGCGCUGACACACAGUGGAGCUGAAGGAUGUUUUUGUAGCUAAAAGAAAAGCUGCAGACAGAGAAGCUAAUAAUUAAUCUAUAAAAAUAAUGAAAACACUCAACAGAAGGCUUUUAUUUUGUAAGUUAUGCUUGUUAAAGGGCUUUUGCUUAGGCAGCAGUUGUCUUUCUCUCCGUCGGUGCUCCAGUGGAUGAUGAGAGUCACACCUUAAAUACUGAUCCGUGGCUGUUUAUUGUACAGUAACAGUAAUUAUUACGUGCAGCCUGACUUUGUUUGUGUUCGUUAUUGGAAGUGAAUUUUCUGCUGCUGGAGAAAGAACGUGACUAAAGUUCUGUUUGUUGUCUUUUCGCCCCCAGCGCGAAGUUAAAAACCUGAAAGCAGCAGAACAUCCCUCCAUCUGGGCCUCUCAGCGAUGGCGCACGCACUCACAGCAUUUGUUUAAAUAGAGAGCUGUGCUCCUGUCUUGGGAGCGACUUCAAACAUUUUGGGUGCUGACCCACUUUUCAGCAUUUAGUCCUAAUUUAAAGUCGUCUUUAAUGCAGAGUGACUCCUCAUUAGCUCAAAGCUGCGAGCUUCAAAGGCGUCUGCCUGGAGCCACUAAUGCACAAAGGAGUUUUCAGCAGCGAGCUGCGCGCUCCGUUUAGGCCUUAAUGCAGAGAUUUGGCAGAUACAGCGUUUCUUAGAUAAUAGGUUAAGACCCAGAAUGGACGGGAGGCAUUUCCCUUCCAGGCCCGGCGUGGUUUAAUGAAGUUUCACUUCAUCCAGCACAUCACCAGGAAACUUUCUUUUAUUCCUGUCAGCAGCCCUGUGUUCCAGUCACAUUUCAAGAAAUGCAAAAUACAAAUCAAGUCACAAUUUAAUGUUUCUUUUAAUCAGAUUAUAACAUCAGAUAAAGCUAACGUCCAAAGCUUUUGUUCUCGUGAGUGUGAAGACAUGAAGGACAAGCUGAAGCGAGCCGCGGAGGCUAAAGGGAAAAGUUGAGAGUAUUUAAUUAGGAGCGCUUCUGGAGUUUAGCUUCUCUCUGUGUGGAAGGUUUUUAUAAUAUAGACACUCACAGAUUAAAAGGAAGCGCUUAUUAAAUAAUAUUUCCAAUUAAAGUGAUCUCGAGCCUCGAGGAGGUCAAAUUUCUGCAGAUUUUUUCUGAUAUUCGUCCUGAAUCCAACACAUCUGCUGUCAUUAGUUCUGCUUUUCAGUCUUUUUUAAAUAGAAAUUAAAUAUAUAAAAUAUCCGUGCUGUGAUGGGAGCCGAUGUUUCUCCUGCAUCACUGCGUUUCUUCCAGAUCGAGGAGGUCACCUUUAAGAACUCCUACACAGCCUACGUGACGGUGCGUCUGCUGAGGAGGAACCCCGAGCAGGAGGCCCCCGCCAAGUGGUGCACGGCCGUGAGAACGCUCUUCCUGUUCCAGGACCCAGAGAAGGAGGUUUCUGAUUGGCUGUCUGACCUGACCCUCACUGACCAGCACCCUGAUCUGGAGGGCCUCCCCGACCCGCUGACCGUAUCCUCCAGCAUCCAGCAGAUGUGGGCUCUGACUGAGGUGAUGCAGACCAAUCAGACGACAGCAUCCAUCGGACGGUUCGAUGUGGAUGGAUGCUACGAUAUCAGCCUGCUCUCCCUGACAUAAAGAAGUUGGUGUGUGUGUGUGUGUGUGUGUGUGUAUCGGAGUUCAUGAUGGUGGCUGUAACAGCAUGAAGAGAAAGUGCUGACAAAGACAGGACGUCUCAUCUCUGGGGUCACGCUGAGGUCAUUUCCUGUCCUGAUGCGAUGCUGUCACAGAGUUUAAGUCUUCGCUGUAAGAAGACCUGCGGCUCCUUCAAGUAUCUAUUAAAGACUCAUUCACUAAUAAAAAAAUAAAGUGAUA